UAACACAUAGCACCCUACAAAUAGGUGUUUUUGUGCUGCUGUGACUGCGCGAUGACCACUCGUAUGCGGCAGUGUUGCUUCCGCCUUUAGCCGCUGUAUGGGAUUUGCAGUCCUAUUGACGGUGAAAUACCUUUGUGCAGUAUUGAAGAGACAGACCAGGAGAACUACAACUAAAUAGCACUUUUGACAAGCGCGGUCAAUCGCCUAUACAUUGCCCGCCCAAGAUCUACAGAUUUGCGAAGCAACGAACUUCCCGUAUAAGACGCAGAAGUCGGCAAGGAGUCUGUGGGAGGGAUUGAACGCAAGGAACCUGGCAUUGGUGGGCAAGCACGUACCCGAAGGCCCAUUGAUCAGUCAACGAUGACCAUGGAGCACUUCAGGAAACAAGCCAGCGCCACUUCUGUCAUGGCUCUGUACACUGUGAUGUACCCAGUCUUUGACCAGUUGGAGAAAGUUAACCUGUCAGCAGCACAGACAAUGCGUGCAGCCUUUAUAAAGGCAGAGGAGGAGAACCCUGGCUUGACUGAGGAAUUGGUGCUUAGACUACUUGAAAAAAAGGACCUGAAAAUUAAUUAUAAUGAGUGUCUACUUCGCAUGGCUGCAGCCGAUGUGAAAGAGUUCCGAAUUGAGAGGCAAGAACCAGGGUUCCAGGAGCUGAAUGAGAGGGCGCAUGCUCUGAAACACAUCCUCAGUACCAUACCUGAUGAGAUCAAUGACAGAGUGGCUUUCCUACAGACCAUCAAAGACAUUGCCAGUGCCAUAAAAGAGUUGCUCGACAUUGUUAAUACAAUCUUCAGGAGGUACCAGUAUCAAAACAGACAGGCACUGGAACAGCAGAAGAAAGACUUUGUGAAAUACUCCAAGAGUUUCAGCGACGCUCUCAAAACCUUCUUCAAAGAUGGAAAAGUGCUCAAUGUGUUUGUCAGCGCCAACCGGCUCACGCACCAAACCAACAUGAUACUGGACGCCUUCAAGACGGCGACAUAGACGUCUGCGAUGGAGCGGCCACAACAUAGUGGAGGAUUGGCAGGGGAUCAGGUAGUUUGAAGCAAAGCAGGUUGAUGACAUGAUUUUUAGCUAACUGUUUUAUUGUUGUUGUAUUUCAUGGCUUAGCAUUUUUACCUCCUGCGAGCUUGAUAAAACAUCUCUUUUCAUGGGAUUCUAGUAAAGAACAGUGCAAAAAAGUGAUAGGCAAUUGAGUGCUUGCCAACGAAGCCAAGUACAUUUCCCUCACACCUAUGUAAGAAAGUGCUGGACACUGCUUGGCCUUGUAUUUCAUCUAUAAUUCAUAGCGCCGUGGUAACUGCCUUUGACCACAAAAACAUUUCCGAUUAAUUUCGGACACUGUGCUCCUCUCUGAGAUGAUAAAUGAAUUGUCUACUUCCUGACAGAUUGUUAUUUGUGACCCACUUGUAUAAAUCUUUAUUUCAUUUUAUUGUUUCAUUCACUGUCUUAUUGUAAUCAUGCUCUCAAUACUCUGUGAUUUAAUCUCCCUCAAAAGCACUUUGGUCAAAUUAUUUUGUUCAGUAAAUAAACUGACUUGACCUUGA